ACGCAGCUGUAAAACAUGUGCUUCGCCCCGUGUUUCACCCAAGCAUAAAUUGAAGUCGCAGGCGUCUGGAACCGUCAGUCUCGGUUUAGUCGCGCUCCACAACCUUUACAGCAAGCACAUAGCAUUCCGCUUCAUAUCCAACCAUGAAGAUCUUUAUUAUGACGAUUUUUCUGGCCGCCGCGUCAGCUGGACCCAUUCCAAAAGCAUACGAUAUCGAUGCUGUGAGGGUGGGGCAACCUUAUUACUUAACUUAUCCGGCGGGCUAUUUCAAUGAUCACUAUCCCGGCCAGCAGCGGCAGCAGCUCGUGCCGCUACCUAGUGAUAUCAUCGUAGGACAGCAGCCGGCCCCUACUUUUAGCGGUCCAGUCGCAGUCAGCGGGGAGCGUUACGGCGACCAACAGGGAAUCCAACUGAUGUUAACUGUUCCGUCUGCCGUUCCUCCUGGCACGUCUGUCUCCGUCACUGUCAAUGUCAACUCAGAGGCGAACGGUGGCACAGUGGUUUCCGUAUCCAAUCCAGUGAUUUCUACUCCUGUUGAAGCUCGUCCCCAAGUAACACCACAACAGGCAGAAGCCAUCAUCGUGGACGCAAACGGAACAAUUAAAGAGCCACCAACCGCCGGCUUGUUGCCCGACGAAUUUGAUCAACGUGAACCUCCAAUGAUGUUCUUACCACCGUUUGAAAAUUCGAAGGACUCACCAGUGUUGGUCGCAAUGCAAGGUGAAGCCCAGCAGCAACAAUUGGCAGCGCUACUGAAGACGAAAACCAUCUAUUGAGGUACAAGUUGAAUUGCGUGCCUGACGUCGCUCAUCACAAUCAAUUAGGAAUAUCAUCUCGGCCCUUUGGCAGCUUUAAUCACAAACUUUACCAUUCUACUAUUCCAUUUUUUUCAAUUAGCUAUCUUGUGUGUGCGUGCACUGAACAGUUGUUAAAUUAAUUAAUGUGGAAACCAUAACAAAAAGCGCUCGGGCUGAAAAAUUCCGGACGCGUAGCUAUAGAAGAUCAACGACGCAUUAAACUUUCAAAGUUUCUUCUUGCAUGGAUUUGCGACACCCGACUGACGAUUUUCCCCACUUAACUAAAUUCGUUUCAUUUUACUAAAACAAUCUGAAAACAGAGGCACAAAAAAAAAAGAAAAAAAAGAAGAAAAAGAAAAAAAAAAACAAGAAAACAAGAAGGCAAGUACGAAUUUUGGAUAAUGUUGACGUAUUUUGCCGUGCCAUUAUGCGUUACAUCAUACGGCUGUAUUGACUACAGAUAAUUUCUAGCUAAAGUUUAACCAAUUGAUGUUACACCUAUUUGCGAUAAAAAAAAACUUCUGACAAUUUG